AUGUCCCGCCACCAGCUUGACUUGGUUGUUUGCUCGAGACUCCCGGGAACACGUGUGGGAGUGUUAUGCUCAAAAUGCGACGGCCGAUGUCCCACCUGCGAUUCCUACGUGAAUCCCCAGCACGUUGUCCGUGUCUGCGAUGACUGCUCCUUCGGUUCUCUUGCCGACACAUGUAUCAUAUGUGGGAAUGCUGCCAAGCCAGGUGAAGCUAUGCACGAUGCUUAUUACUGCACUCAAUGUUGUCUCUUGGAACGAGAUCGAGACGGCUGUCCGAGAGUACUCAACGUAGGGGUCUCCAGAUCGGACAACUUCUAUCAACAGAAAAAGAAGGGUAUCAGCAAUUAA